CACGCUCUGGGUCUGUUCGCUUCUGCGCGCCACCUCUCCCGGCCUGGCAGUGGCGCAGCAGCGGGGUCUUGAGUCUCAGUCCGCGACACAGCGGGGCCAGCAGGGCUGUUCCUACUGCCUCCAGGAUUAAUAGUCCGCCUGGUUCCGCCCGCACCCCACUUCGAGGCCUCGGCCAUGUUCUUCAGGGCCCAGGUGAGGCGAGCUCUGCAGCGGGUGCCCGGGAAGCAGCGAUUCGGCAUCUACAGGUUCCUGCCCUUCUUUUUUGUCCUGGGAGGAACAAUGGAGUGGAUCAUGAUUAAAGUGCGCGUGGGCCAGGAGACCUUCUAUGAUGUGUACCGUCGAAAAGCUUCAGAAAGACAGUAUCAGAGAAGGCUGGAAGAUACAUCAGAGACCGAGCUUCACAAGUUAAUAAAGUAAAUGUGAAUUUUCA